CAAGUCAGAUUAAUUCAAAUCCUAUAAUUACUAAACAUAAUAAGAUGUAGACAAAUAAGUACUACAAACAAACUCCACCGCAACAAUAAGCAAAAUGAAGUCUCCUUCUUCUUCUUCUUCCUCUGUCUUCAUCAGAAAACCUCGUCUCUCUCCAUAUCUCUUCACUCUUCUAAUCUUCAUUGUCUUCGUUUCUAUUCUCUACGGAGAAGACUUCAUCUGCCUUCUCGGCCGACUCGACCCCAACUCCGGCACCCUCGUAACAAAAUCCGAGAAGAAGUGGGAGGAGCUACCUUUCGCCAUUGGGAAGACACCAGAAGGGUGUGACGUGUUCAGUGGGAGAUGGGUGAGGGACGAGUCAACUCACCCGCUUUAUGAGGAAUGGGAGUGUCCGUAUAUUCAGCCGCAAUUGACUUGUCAAGAGCAUGGGAGGCCUGAGAAGGAGUAUCAGAAAUGGAGAUGGCAACCCCAUGGAUGUGAUCUUCCAAGUUUCAAUGCCACAUUGAUGCUUGAGACUCUAAGAGGAAAAAGAAUGAUGUUUGUUGGGGAUUCCUUGAACCGAGGCCAGUAUUCUUCUAUGGUCUGUCUUCUCCAUAGACUCAUCCCUGAACAUGCCAAAUCCAUGGAAACUUUCGAUUCUCUUACAGUCUUCACUGCCAAGGAGUACAAUGCCACAAUAGAGUUCUACUGGGCACCAUUUCUUCUUGAAUCAAAUUCAGACAAUGCUGUAAUCCAUAGAAUAUCUGAUAGGAUUGUGAGAAAAGGUUCAAUCAACAAACAUGGCAAAAAUUGGAAAGGAGUUGAUAUUUUAGUCUUCAAUACUUAUCUAUGGUGGAUGACUGGCCACAAGAUGAAAAUCUUGCAAGGUUCUUUCGACAAUGAAGUGAAAGAUAUCAUAGAGUUAUCGACAGAGGAUGCUUAUCGAAUGGCGAUGAGAAGCAUGUUGAGAUGGGUGAGAAAGAAUAUGAACCCUAGCAAAACUAGGGUUUUCUUCACCAGCAUGUCACCUUCUCAUGGAAAGAGCAUAGAUUGGGGAGGGGAACCGGGUCUCAGUUGUUACAAUGAAACAACUUUGAUUGAUAAUCCGACCUAUUGGAGUUCUGAUUGCCAGAAGAGUAUAAUGGAAGUAAUCAGAGAAGUGUUCAGAAAAUCGAAAUUCCCUAUUUCAUUUUUGAACAUUACUCAAUUGUCAAGUUAUAGAAAAGAUGCACACACAUCAAUCUAUAAGAAGCAAUGGAACCCAUUGACUCCUGAGCAGAUAGCUAAUCCUGUUAGCUAUGCAGAUUGUGUUCAUUGGUGUUUACCUGGCCUUCAAGAUACUUGGAAUGAGCUUCUAUUUGCCAAGCUUUUUUAUCCUUAGUAAAUAUAUGAUUAUACUCGCAAUUCAAAAAUGGUGAAUUAGGGUUUUUUCUUUUUAAAAAAAUCCCUCUUUUGAAAUGUGGGGUUUAAUUGUUGGGGUUGAUUGAAGAUAGGUUUGAAUUCGUUAGAGAUGAUGUUGUUGUGGAGCUUGGAAGGAUUAUGAAGGAGAGCGAAAAGAAAGUGAACGAGAAA